CAGGGAACAGACUGAUACCAGAGAUUCCUGGAGCUUUAACGACCAUGAACCCUUCAGCAGGCAACACGGCCAUAGAAAUGCCGGCACUAGGGCGCCCAUUUUCCCUAGGGAUGCUGUACGACUGCCGGAAUGAGGAACUUGUACCAGGUAUCACUUUAUGGAACAGUGAAGCCUUGAGAGAGAAUGUUGCUUUAGAAUCCAAAGAGCAAACAUCACUUGAAAUUAUAACAUCUGACACUGUUUCUGACAAAUCAUCUGCUAUGAAUAUUAAUGCAUCAUUGGCGGCCAGUUUCCUUUCUGGUCUGGUAAACGUUUCUGGAUCAGCUACUUACAUGAACGAUACUAAGAAGUCUAUAAACCAGGCCAGAGUCACUCUGAAAUACUCUAGAACCACAAGAUUUGAGCAGCUGAGUAUGAACCAUUUAGGUACCAAGAAAAUGGCUUACCCUGAUGUGUUUGACAAAGGGACAGCCACUCAUGUAGUCACUGGUAUAUUAUAUGGUGCACAGGCUUUCUUUAUAUUUGAUCGUGAUGUGUCCACAUCAGAAAACACUCAGGAUAUACAAGGAACUCUCCAUAUCAUGAUAAAAAAAAUACCGUCAAUUUCAAUUGAUGGGAAAGGAUCUUUGAGCAUGAAUGACCAAGAGAAAGAACAAGUUAGCAAAUUUUCCUGUAAGUUUUAUGGUGACUUUGCUCUUGACAGGAACCCAGUAACAUAUGAAGAUGCUAUUACAAUCUAUACCAGCCUCCCAAAGUUACUGGGAGAGAAAGGGGACAAGGCUGUACCAGUGAGAGUCUGGUUGUAUCCUCUAAAUAAACUAGACAGUAAAGCCGCCCAGUUAGUUAGAGAUAUCAGUAACAAUUUUGUCUUAAAAACUGAAAGUAUUGUCCAGCAAAUGGUGGAAGUAAACAUGCAAUGUAAUGACCUGAUGAGACAUCCGGCUGCAGAAACCUUCCCAGAUAGCAAGAAGAAAAUAAGUAAGUUUAGGGAUUUAUGUAUACAAUUUACUCAUAUCUUCCAAAAACAACUGGCACAAACAUUACCCUCAAUCCGUGGUGGUGGAUCAGAGGAAGUGGCACUAAUGGAUAUAUUAACUAGAGCAGAACAAUCUCCAUUAGGAGAAGUCCAUAUUAAAGAGUUUUUAAGCCAUGUAGAACAGGAGCUGAAUGUUUUGAAAACCUAUAUGGAUGCAAUGCCAGAUAUCAUAGUUAAAUCAACAGAAACCACCAUAAAUGAAGUGAUACUUAAUCCAAAUAUUUUGUAUGUAGUAUGUUACAAUUUUUCUUCCCUUAAUGAAGAGGAUCCAUAUCUAACUGAUAUAAGUCAAUGGCUCUUAAGUCAUAAACAUGAAUCAAAAAACAAUGUGUAUGAGAAAAAGAAAGUCACACCUUGGUUCAAGGUUACAGAUGUGUCCAAAAAGUCAAGAACAUGUUUGAAAGCCUUUAAAAAAUUUGCCAAAGUCAAUGCAUCUAGGGAUGAGAUUAAAUGUAUUAUUUCAUCAGUUCCAGACCAAAGCAACCCUGGAGUGUCCAUAUACCUGUAUGAUAGUGGUGAGUUAGUGAGUGCUCAGUUUGAACCUCCAGCUCAACCUCACCUCCCUGUUAUCAGAAGUAAGACACAUGAUAGUAUGGAACUCACACUCAUGCCUGCAAAUUUUGGAAAGAAGUUUAUAGAAAGUUACAACAUAGAAUAUAGAUGUGCUAAUGAUAAGAUCUGGACCCCUGUGAGAACAAAGGACAGUAAUGAGGAGGUGACCAUAAGAGGGCUAAAACCUAACUCAGUGUACAAAAUCAGAUACUCUGCUGUGUGUAUUGCAGGACUUAGUGAGAUUAAUGAUGCUCUAGAAGAUGAGAAAACCCGUCCAACAAGCCCGCCUGAAACAUUAAAAGUUACUGCUGAAUCCUCCACACUAAUUUUAUAUUGGAAUGAGCCAGCAGUCAUUGGUGAUGGAGUCACAAUAACAGAAUAUAUAGUGGAAUAUAAAAAGGAUGUUGACAACGGACAGCAGACUUGGCUUGAAAAAAAAACAGGAAAAAAGGAAGAGAAAUAUAUUAUUGAGGGACUUAAACCAAUGACAAAUUACAUAACCCGUGUUUCAGCAGCCUGUGGGGACAAUGGGCUCAGCGCUCCAAGUCAUGAGAUUAAAGUUUUGAAAUAUAAAGAGACGGAAUCUUACAUUAAACAUGAACUUCUUAAGAAAAACAUUUUGCUGAAAGAGGGAAAACCAUCAGUAUAUCAGCUAGCAACUGAUUGCUGUGAUUGUUAUUAUCGACAUUACAGUUUAGGAAACAUCAACCCUUUUAAAACAAAUAAAGUGAUUUUGUUAGUAGGAGAAACAGGUACAGGAAAGACAACACUGAUUAAUGGAAUGGCCAACUACAUCCUGGGAGUGGACUGGGAAGACAACUUUAGAUUUAAACUUGUACAUGAGGUAACCAAUCACAGCCAAACCUCUGUGGUCACAGCGUAUCAGAUGAAUCAUGAAGAUGGAUACAAAAUUCCUUACACCCUCACCUUAAUAGACACCCCAGGUUUUGGAGACACUCGUGGAAUAGAACAUGACAAAAAGAUCACGGAAGCCAUCUAUAAGUUCUUUACAACUGACGGCAACAUUGACCAUAUUGAUGCUGUGUGCUUUGUAGUUCAGUCUUCUUUGGCACACACACAGAAAUACAUUUUAAAUUCAGUGUUUUCUAUUUUUGGAAAGGAUAUCAAGGACAAUAUACUGAUUCUUAUAAAUUUCUCAGAUGGAGAGAGACCCCCAGUACUGGAGGCUAUAAAAAUUGAAAACAUCCCCUACUCUCAGGACAGCAAUGGAGACCCUGUUCACUUUAAGUUUAAUAAUUCAGCUCUGUUUGCUAAUAAUCAGACAAGUAACAUGAGUUUUAAUAAGAUGUUCUGGGACAUGGGCAAAGACAGUAUGGGAACAUUCUUUACAUCAUUAAAUCAAAUGCAGACUAAAAGUCUUAAACUUACCAAGGAAGUUCUAAAAGAAAGGAAGGAACUUGAGGUCACCCUACAGGCUUUACACCCACAGAUCAAGUCUGGGCUGGCACAGCUAGAAGCAAUAAGACAAAAAGAAGUAGUUUUGCAGCAGCAAAGACAAUUAAUGGAAGACAAUAAAGAUUUUGAGUUUGAGAUAACAGUAACUGUACCAAGGAAGGUAGACACAGGGGGUAAAUUCGUAAAUAACUGUCAGAAGUGUCACUUCACAUGUCAUUUUCCUUGUUCACAUGGGGAUGACAACAUGAAAAUACAAUGUUCUGCUAUGCAAAAUGGGUAUUGUACAAUCUGUCCUGAUAAAUGUGUCUGGUCUGUUCAUUUCAACCAAAAGUACAGGUGGAUAUAUGAGGAGCUAAAAGAGAAGAGAACUUAUGAAGAGAUAAAAAAUAAUUUUGAAAAAGCUUCUGGGGAGGUGAUGACUACAGAAAAGAUAUUAACAGAACUAAAUGAUGAUUAUAAAAUUGUGAGACAAAAUAUGUUUAUUCUGAUAAACCGAGCCUCGCAGAGUCUGAAGCGUCUCCAUGAAAUUGCCUUGAGACCUGACCCACUGACAACCACAGAAUACAUCGACAUGAUGAUAGAGUCUGAGAAGCAGGAAGUUAAACCCGGAUAUCAGGAGAGGACCAAGUCACUGACUGAUGUCAAAGAGAUGGCUGAGCUAAUAAAGAAGAUUGAGAAGGGUGAAGCUUUGUUACCAGAGUAUGAGGAUCAACUUCCAGAAGACAUAAAGAAAGGCCUAGUAGAGUCUCAUAUAGGUUUACUAAAAACUGCUUAUAAUAAAAUUACCACAUCUCUUAGCACUUCCAAAAAUGAAGGAAAACGGUUCACCAACUAAUACACUUGGUAAAACACAUACGUAUCUGAACAAACUGUUUUAGUGCAGACAAAUGUAAUAUGCUGCAGCAGGUACCUGACAUUACUUCAUACAUACCUUGUUUUUUGUUAACGAUUAUUUAAUUAGUCACACUCAUAUUUAUCCAGAUUUGUAUCCCACUUUGCCUAAUAAAUAAUGCAGUGUUUUAUUUGCCUGAACUAGACAGAAAUCCCUAAAUAAGAGAGAGAUGUAUAAAUAUAUAUAUAUAUAUAUAUAUAAAGCAAUCGUAUCCAGCACUUUGACCACAAGAAUAUAUAAAAAAAAAUUAAAGGAAAAUAAUACUCCAAACCAAUUAUAUAAUACCAAACAAACAUAUUGUUCAUUGCUAAACCAAGAUAAAUAACGGUUAAGGAUUGUAUAAAGCUUAGAUAGAAUGCAAUCAUACAUAUAGCUAAAGAACAUGAUCUAAGCUAAGAGUAUAUUGCCAACCUCCUACUAGUCCCAUGUGUAUUACUGAGCCCAUGGACUAUGAGGCCGAUUUAACCAUGCCUUGCAGUCAGGAUACGCUGUAGCGUAUCAUGUCCGCCAGACAUCGACAUUUAGCAUUGCGCAAGCAGUUCUAGUGAACUGCUUGUGCAAUGCUGCCCCCUGCAGAUUUGCAGCCAAUCAGCCACUAGGGGGAGUAUAUUAACCCAAUUGUAUUUGAUCAGGUUGAUUACUAUCUGCCACUCAGAGGCAGCGGACCAGUUAAGGAGCAGUAGUCUUAAGACCGCUGCUACUUUACUGCUGUUUCCCACGAGCCUGAAGGCUCAUGCGGAAACAGGGGGAUCAGGGGCCAUUCGGCCCUUGAUAAUUCGAUCCCUAUGUGUUUAUAAUAUUAGGCAGAUCACCCAUAAUAUUGUACAUUUAUAUUACACAUUUUCCUUUGAGCUACAGGGAUGCAGAAUUAUACUAUGCUGCCAGUAUAUACUUCAUAGCUUGAGUAUAUUAAUAGCCAGUCUUUCAAAUCCGGAAGUGUGCUCAUAUAUGCUUCUUAAGAAAGGAAAGGAUUUAACAAUCUGAGCUAACUAAACACUUGGGGACAAAUCCAUCACCUAAUCUCCUAUAUAGAUCCAGAGCUCACUGCUACUGGUGGGUCGCUCUUUAUCAGUAACACAUUGGUCCCUCCUUGACAACAACAAGAUGAGGACACCAGGGCUUAUGGUUACAACAUUGAGAUACAACUAACACAAUCCUUACUGCAGCAAUGCUCACCUGGCAGCCUACAGUUACAGCUUAUGUCACCCAUAAUGCUUUUCUCUUCUAGCUCAUAUGUUAAUACUUUAUUGUAUCAUUGUUGCUUAUGAUGAUUUAUUGAUGUUUCAGUAUUCACUUGCACUGAUUAUUUCUCCUGAUUAGUAAAAUAAAAUGUAAUCAUUACAAUAAGCAAA